UCAAACCUGCUAGCUAGCUAGUCAACAACACACCUGACGUUACUCCAGGAAACGUACUUCCUGUUUGAUGAUUUAUUCAUAUUUCCGCGUGAAUAAAGCCCUUUAACCGUGGACUGAGAUGACGGAACAAUAACGACCUCUGUCAUUUAACAUCUAGACCAGCUGCCCGUGGUCACGUUUUAGCCGACUAGCUAUCUAUCUAACACUAACGUGAACUGUUAGCUCGGUUGCUAACAGCUGUCAUGCUCAACGUCAGCACAGAGAUGAACCCGCUGAAGACAAACUGAUCACGGCUCAGCUUUCACCCCACUGAACGACAAGCUGCUAGUAAAACAUCCACUUUAUGAGGGAGUCACCUGGAGAUACAUCACCGCUGCUCCUACAAUGAGGAGGCUGACGAAGAAGAAGGCUCUGACUCUGGUGAAGGAGUUGGACGCUUUCCCCAAAGUUCCCGAGAGCUAUGUGGAGUCCACAGCCAGUGGAGGGACAGUGUCUCUGAUAGCAUUCACUCUCAUGGCGAUCCUCGCCUUCCUGGAGUUCUUUGUGUACAGAGACACAUGGAUGAAGUAUGAGUAUGAGGUGGACAAAGACUUCAGCAGUAAGCUGAGGAUAAAUGUGGACAUGACAGUGGCCAUGAGAUGCCAAUAUAUAGGUGCAGAUGUCCUGGAUCUGGCCGAAAACAUGGUUGCUUCUGAUGGCCUCAAAUAUGAACCAGUCAGCUUUGAGCUCCCUCCAGAGAGAAGACUAUGGCACAUGACACUUCUGCACAUCCAGGAGCGUCUGAGAGUGGAGCACGCUCUCCAGGAUGUACUCUUCAAGGCUGCAUUAAAAGAAGCUCCACCCGAUCAGUCCCAAAGUGAGGACAGCACCAUUAACCUUAGUGCCUGCAGGAUACAUGGACACCUGUAUGUCAACAAGGUGGCAGGAAAUUUCCAUGUUACAGUUGGCAAGUCCAUACCACAUCCCAGAGGCCACGCCCAUCUAGCGGCGCUUGUUAGCCAUGACUCUUAUAAUUUUUCUCACCGCAUUGACCACCUGUCCUUUGGAGAAAUGGUUCCUGGGAUUAUCAGCCCUCUGGAUGCCACAGAGAAAGUCUCUGUUGAAUCUAACCACAUGUUUCAGUACUUUAUCACUAUUGUACCCACUAAACUGAACACCUAUAAGGUCUCUGCAGAAACACAUCAGUACUCAGUCACUGAGCGGGAGCGAGUGAUAAACCACGCUGCAGGCAGCCACGGAGUCUCAGGGAUCUUUAUGAAAUACGAUAUCAGCUCACUAAUGGUCAAAGUCACCGAGCAGCACAUGCCUCUCUGGCAGUUUCUUGUCAGACUCUGUGGCAUCAUCGGAGGCAUUUUCUCCACAACAGGCAUGCUCCAUGGUGUGGUAGGAUUCUUGGUUGAUGUUAUUUGCUGCCGUUUCCAGAUGGGAAUCUAUAAACAUCUGAAGGAGGCUCCUCUGGAUGUGCAGCCAAACAGUGAAACCUCGAUUCCUACAGAAAAUGACGCUCAACAGUCCGAGUCCCUAUGAGUCAGCUGCAGCCGACUGUCAGCUCACCAUCUCUGCCUAAUCUUCAGACAGCAACGAGAUGCUGGGAACAUGUUUACAAGUUGUUUUAUUUUGGAAUUUGUCCUUGCAUUGGUCACAAAUGUGUAAAUAUUGGUACCAUUUUUAAAAACAUUUUUUAUUGGGUGGGUGUAAGAUUCAGACCUGACUGUUCAUCCACCUGUGAAGGGUUAUAAUCAAUACCUCCACUAAUUAUCCGUCACUUUGUCUGGAAAGCUGCAGCAGGAGGACUGAACAGCCGUCUCAACACUAAUUAUUUACAUCAUUAUUGUGGAUCGGGGUUCAUUAAAUAGAUGGUACCUGGUGUUGGAGCGCCCAUGUAACACCCACACAGGUGUUCUCUUAGUUCAGCUAGUUAAUUAGACUUGUUCUCAGGGUUAUGUGGUUGUAUGUGAGCUUGAUUGACAUGUUUUAGCAGAUUUAACAUGUAAUUUGGAUCCUUUGGUGUAGUUUGGAGACUUCAGGAAACUCUGCUCAACCUCGAGUUGAAAAGAGGCCUAAUCAGUGACAAUAAAGAAGAAACCUGUGUGGGUGUGCUGGGCUGCUGAAGAGGAAUUGUGUGGAAAUGCUACAAGGGUUUUAACUGGUUCCACAAGUGUGCCUGUGUUUAAAUGACUGUUGCAAAUAUAAGGCUGAUUUGUUCAAUAAAACCCACUUCAAGUUACUGUGGAUCCACCAAUAAUAAGUAUUGUUUCUGAUCAUUGAUAAUUAUCAUUAAUGAGGGCGAGACACUAAAAGAAAAAGAAAAUAAAUGUACAAAAUAAAUAAUUUUAUAUUUUAUAAAUAUAACCUUUAUAUAAUACCUUGUUUCCACAAUCAAACAUUCAUCAUGAACUUUCAAUACAAGAAAUAAUUGUCUUAAUGCAAGUAGUCACCUGGAGGUCUUUCAUGGUUACGUUUCUUAAUUAAAAUUAAUUCCAUAUUCAACCUAAUGUGUUGUUAAUU